AAAUAACAGUCAUCUGCAUGCUCAUUUGUGUUCUUUUAUCGUUUUAGUUGUUUAUUUAAAUGAAAUGCUGAGUAAACAGAUUCUGGUUAAAUGCUGGAUUUUAGAUCGGAUUUAAGUUGCAACCUAGUUAGCUUCGCGGCCUAUUGGUGUCAUUGACUUUUAGGCACCAUGGUGAACUUUGCAGCUUUCCUUCGCCAUCACUGGGUAAACAUCCUGGUUCCACUUGGCUUUGUAGUUGGACUCUAUCUGGACAGAAGGAAUGACCAGAAACUGACAGCGUUCAGAAACAAGAGUGCAUUGUACAGCAGGGAACUGAAGCCCGGUGAGGAGUACACAUGGAAGUGACGACUCUCUGCAGAUAUUUAUUGGAUCGCCUGCUCUAUUAAUUUCUGCAUUAUAACUUAAACUGUAAAUUACUUUUCAGUAAUGUGUGAUGUAAAAAUAUAUAAACAACAAAUACCGCUUUUCGUUUUUUUUCUUCCCAGUUUGACUUCUGAUACUCCAGCGUCUUUGUGUUCACUGUUCAAUAUGAAUUAUUUUGAAAUAAAUUGAAGCAGUUUA